AUGCGUUCAACCGCGCUCUGCUCGACUUGCUCAUCGUGUCUUCCACCCAAAGCUGCCCCAGACUUAUUUAUGACCAAAUGCUGCGCUCGCCCCAUCUGUCCAACCUGUAUCAGCUCAAACCCUCGCCUAAGGAGCUAUAAUCCCUGCUUGUCCUGUUUGGGUGGCGUGGGCGUGGUUAGCUCGGCUUUCCUACAGAACAUCCGCGCCGCAAAUAAUGACACAGUGCAGGAUGAAGAUAUAUUUAUUCUUGGGGAUGAUGAAGAUGAUGAAGACGAAGCUCACGAGCUUGCUUCAGUGUCCCCGAUCUCCGGACCCGCUCCGCCUGCGUAUCCGUCGUCAUUAUCCAGCCUAAACAGUGAAUCAAUACUCACCACGCAGACUAGCGAUGCAUCCGCAGGACAUGCGGAAGUUGUAGUCACGGGCGAGCAUUGUAUCCCCUCUAGAUAUUACAUCAAUUCUAGGGACACAUUACAGGGGAUUGCUCUCCGCUAUGGAGCUAAUGGUCGGGAAUUGUGCCGUUUGAAUAACCUACCCCCAAGCACCCUUUCUACCACCCCUCAUCUACUCCAUACCCGCACUUUUAUCGUCCUCCCACCCUCCGAAAACUCUCACUCUGUUACGUGUGAUGCGGAUCUGGAUGCAGAAGCGAGGCGCGUCCGCGAGAAAGCCGAGAAGCGUUUGCAAAUGCUGACGAAAGAGGCAGACUGGCGUGUGGCGAAAGCAUACGUGGCUCUGGCUGAUGAUCCUGACGAAGAAGCCACGUAUGGCUUCAAGUGCAAAGAAACUGGCGGCAUUGGUGCCAGCACCUUGGAAGCACGUGCAGCUGGUCAGUACCUAGAAGAUCAGGAAUGGGAAGAGGAACAGAGAAGAGCUGGCAAACGCAUCUCGUUAAAAUCGCUAUCAUUCCUUUGA